AUGGGACCUCAAGAGUCCAAUGUUGAUGUCUUGAUCAUUGGCGCCGGCCCGGCCGGGCUGAUGUUGGCGUUGUGGCUGGCAAGACUUGGGGUCAAGGCGCGCAUCGUCGACAAGCGAACGGCGAAGAUCUACUCUGGGCAGGCAGAUGGGUUUCAAGUGAGAUCCCUAGAGAUUCUAGACAGCUUCGGCAUUGGAGAGCGCGUGUGGAAAGAAGCAAAUCGUAUGCUAGAGGUCAGCUUCUGGAACCCUGACGAGAACGGCACGAUCCGUCGCAGUGCCCAGGCCGUUAACACCAUCCCUGGUCUCUCACGCUUCACAGAAUCCGUCCUUCACCAGGGCCGCAUAGAGCAGUUCUUCCUGGAUGCCAUCCGCGAGUCGUACGCGUCGGAUGAGGAGGCGCUCAAUAUCGAGCGCAUGGUCAUCCCAACAUCGCUGGAGAUCGAUGAGAGCAAGGCCGAGGACCCGGAUGCGCACCCGAUCACUGUCACGUUGCGCCAUUUAACUGAGGAAGAGGCCACGCCGACGCAGAGGCUCAGUAACCUCAGCGAUGGCAUCUUCAGAAGCAACCUCGCGGAUGAUGAUGUUGCUGGCAUGCUUGCCAAGUCAGAAAGCCGCGAGGCUAGAGACGAAAUUGUUAGAGCCAAGUAUGUCGUUGGAUGCGAUGGUGCACACUCGUGGACGCGCAAAACGUUGGGGAAGGAGUUUGAGAUGAAGGGAGAGACUACGGAUGCUAUUUGGGGUGUGAUGGAUAUUGUUCCGAUCACCGAUUUUCCCGACAUCAGAUUCCGGACUAUGAUUCAAAGCACUUCGGGGGCGAUCAUGAUCAUUCCGCGGGAAAACAGGAUGGUCAGGCUGUACAUUCAGCUCAAGGAAGUUUCAGCAGGCGGAGGUCGAGUAGACAGGUCCAAGAUUACACCCGAUAUCAUUUUCAAGUCUGCGCAAAAAGCUUUCAGCCCGUAUAAGCUGGAGUACCAUUACUGCGACUGGUGGACAGCGUACCAAAUCGGCCAGCGAACAGGCGACCAUUUCAGCAAGCUUAACCGGGUCUUCCUUGCUGGAGAUGCCGUGCACACUCACUCACCCAAGGCAGGCCAGGGAAUGAACAUUUCUAUGCAGGACAGCUACAACCUAGGAUGGAAGAUCGGAUUGGUGUGCAAGAACAUUCUCCCCCGGGAAGUCCUGUCAUCGUACGAACUCGAGCGGAAGAAGAUCGCGAAGGACCUCAUCGCCUUCGACGGCAAGUUCUCCAAGCUCUUCUCCGGCCGCCCGGCAAAAGACAUCAUGGACGAGACGGGGGUUUCUGCAGAGGAAUUUCAAAAGGCCUUUCACACGAGUCGAAUGUUCACGACCGGCUUGGGAGUAAACUACCAGCCGACAACCCUCGUCGCCAAGGAGCCCGAGGAAGAGUCCGAUGGCGAACACGGACUGAAACGUAGUCCCGCCAAGAGCACGCAGUCCCUCGCGACAAACUGCAAACUUGGCCAGCGCUUCCCGUCGUUCAAAGUCAUCCGGCAAUGCGACGCCCGCUUGUGGGAGCUACACCACAAGCUCCCUUCCAACGGGCGCUUCCGACUCGUGGUAUUCGGCGGGGACAUAUCAAAGCAGGGCCAGCGCGACUUGGUCAACGCACUCGGCACCUGGCUGGCUUCGUACCUGCCGAAGCUACCCACCAUCAAGCUGUCGCCCGCAUCGGAUCCCCACGGCGGUACGAUGAAGUUCAAGACCGAAGAGGACCCGUCCAUCGUCGAUGUGCUACUCGUGCAUUCGGCGCCGCGGGACCAGAUCGAAUUGCUGCGUGACGUGCACGAAAUGUACCACCCCUUCGACAGUAAGCUCGGGUGGGAUUACGACAAGGUGUUUGUGGACGGCGAGACCUUCUACGAGGAGCCCCAGCAUGCGUAUGAGAAGUACGGCGUCGACCCAGCCAAGGGAGCUGUGGUUGGUCUCCGACCGGAUGGAUAUGUCGGUCUAGUCGUCCCGCUUGGACACGAUGGUGUGCAGGAGAUACAGAGCUGGUUUGAUGGCAUAUUUCAGCGUAACUGA